AGGGAGACUUUUCCCUGGAAAAAAAAUGCGUGAGGGAGGUCAAUACAAAACGUCACGAGCCAAAGGUCAGCCAAUCAGACGGGCGGAAGCUUUACGCUGCGCUAAUGCGGUCCCGAAACAAUAUGGUGCAACUGCGGCCGACUGAGGCGAUAAUAUAACACUUUGGCCAGACUCCAGUCGGUCAUACCUGCUCUGCCCCGCGGGCUCUGGAGCCACAGGGUCUCUAUUCUGUCCCAGCCGCGCUCGGUGUGUGUGUGUGUGUGAUGCCAUGGUGGACUAAUAUGCUUCACAAGCAGGAGACAGUUUGGCAGAUGCACUUGCACAGGGGGAGAGUUUCUCUGCAAGCUAGGUUAGCCCGUUACUGUCCGGUGUUUUUAUUCCGCACGGGGCUGGAUGAGGAUCCGGUAGCCUAGCGCGUCUCUCCGCAGGCCGGACGAGGCUUUCGGGUGAGCCCAGAAGAGGAGACGCACAGAUGGGAGCUCUGGAAAUCUCUGGAACCGUCUGGCGUGGACGUCGGUAAACUGAGUGCCGAGUUAAAGUGACUCUGAAUCGCCACACUAGUUCCUGUUGAAACGGACACCCAAACCUUCACGGUGGAAACGCGAAGAAGAGCGAAGAUGAAUGCGGUGCGGGGAGGCACGGUCACCUGGCGUCCCCAGCCGUGGCAGGACGGGGACGGGGGAGGAGGCGAGCCCCUGUCCGACAGCGACUCAGAGGAGGAGGACUUCCCUGAUGACAGCACCACUCCACUAGGGGACUACAUCACACACGGCCUGAAGCAGCUCCUGGAUGCUCAGCAGUUGUGCGAUGUCACUCUGUUGGUGGAGGGGAAGAAGUUCAUGUGUCACAGAGUCCUCCUCGCCGCAGUGAGCCCGUAUUUCAGGGCGAUGUUCACAAGCCCUCUGGUAGAGUCUCGCCUCACUGAGAUCCGACUGGAGGAGGUGACGCCGUCCGUCAUGGAGACUGUCAUCCAGUUUGUGUACACGGGUGAGGCGGGGCUUUCCCUCGACACGGCCGAGGAUCUGUUCGUGGCUGCCAAUCGGCUUCAAGUCAUGCCUCUGCAGGACCUGUGCUCCAGGUUUCUCUUUGAGCACCUCUCUGUGGAUAACUGUUUGGGCAUGUACUCUCUUGCUCGCUCUCACCACGACCAGCUGCUGCUGCGUGCCUCUCUGAGGCUGGUGGCCCAGCACUUUCCCCGGGUGGCCCGGCAGAAAGACUUCCUCCUGCUGGACCAUGGCACAUUAGGCAGCCUCCUUGGCUCUGACCGCCUCGGCGUGGACUCUGAGGCGGAGGUGUACGAUGCAGCACGGCGCUGGGCUGAGCAUCAACCCUUGGAUCGCUACAUCCACAUGCCGGCGCUGCUUCAGCACCUGCGCCCAGGGCUGCUGUCACAGGAGGAGAGCCGAAGACUGAGCCAGGAGCUGGGGCCCGCCGCGGCUGGCGAGGGCCUCGGAGGGCCUUUAAGACCACGUGAGGGCAUGUUUGAGAAAAAGAUUGUCUGCGUGGACCUGACACCCCGAGAGGAUGAGAAUUUAACAAAGAGCGACUACACAGUGGACUGCUUUGACCCCCGGACAGGGAAGUGGGAGAAGUUAGCAGCGCUGGGUUCCCUGGUGUGUCCUGGUUGCACAGCUCUAGGUGACAGGUUGUUUGUGGCUGGUGGAAUCCUUCGGACAGGUUCUGUGUCUCCGGCCGUCCAUGAAUACGAUGCUGUGUUGGACCGCUGGAUAGAGCGGCCUUCCAUGGUCCAGCCUCGAGCAAUGCUAGGCUUACUGGGCUGUGGAGACUCUCUCUAUGCCUUGGGUGGCAGUAACCGCUCUGCCCUGCUGGACACCUGUGAGAUCCUGGAGCUGGCUUCACUCCAGUGGACCCCCGGGCCCCGGCUGCCACUCCCCCUGCGCGCCUUCGCCUGCGCUGCUCUGCGCGGACGGCUCUACCUGCUUGGUGGAACCACACUGGAACAGAACCGGGCCGUGGUCCACUCGGGGGUGCUGAUUUACCACACGCUGACAGACUGCUGGACGCGCGUAGCACUGGACUCCGGCGCCACCUGUCUUGCCGGAGGGGUAGCAGUGCGAGGGGGCGUCUGCGCCAUCGGUGGAUACAUGAGAGAUGCUACCAAGUUCCUUGACGGAAACUACACCAAUCUGGAGACGCUGGAUGCUACUGGCCGUGUGCUGUUUUUCAGAGAGGGGAGGGGGUCGGGGGUAGAGAGGGAGGUGACCGGGGGGGCAGGGGCAGUCACAGGCGAGCGAGGGGGCGCAGGCGGUGGGAGCGACCGUGCCCCAAGCCCUGUGGUUUUCCCUGGCCUGCCUCGGCGGAUUGCAGCCGGGGGUGUGGCCAGGUGGAAACGGAGGAUUUACGUGCUGGGUGGGGAAAACGGUGCGCGGUACUAUGAUAGCGUGUACUGCUGGAAGCCCGGCUGGCGCAGCUGGGUCCAGAGACGUGAGAAGCUCCCCGGAGAUACCGGCGGGGUGAGCCAGUUCGGGUGUACCACUUUAAAGUUCCCCAAGAAACACAUUCUGUCCAGACUAAGGCUAGCCAAAGAAGACUGCAAGAAGGUAGCCUGACGGGAGGCUGUAUGACCGGAGUGAAAGCAGCUAUUCAUGUGAUGCAGACAGGAUAGUCGAGGCUGCGCCUGAAUUAGCUUCUUUUCCUUGUAACUCCUCCUUGACACUCAUUAUUAAGAUGAAGUCACAAGGAAAAAACAUUUUUAUACAAUCUGAGUGCAGCCAUAGAGUUUGCUUAUGAUGGACUCAAUGCAGACAGACCCAGUGACAUUAAUUACACACAGUCAGACAGUCAGACAUACAGACAGUGAUAGGGGCCAGAAACUAAGUAAAGGGCCGCUUGAACCUGAAUGUAAUCUAAUCUACCUUUUGCCAGAAUGGGGAACACUCAAGUCCUGUAGUAAGUUUGAGAAAGAAAGAACUUGUAUGGCCUUGAAUGUAUUCAUACCAUAUAUUGCCCCAUUUUAAUUCCUUUUUUAAAAUGUAAUUUUAAUUUCAGCUUUUUUCCUGGCUGAGAAUUUUUCAAGACUCUUUGCAAAUUAUUUUAAUGUUGAAUUUAUCAGCGGCAUUGUCAAAGCUGUUUGUUUUACAAGCCCUCAGCCACAGGAAAUUCAAAUGGAUGUGGUGUGGAGGUUUUAAAUGUCUUUAAAUGUCUUAUUACAUUGGCAUUGUGCCCUAUUUAUUGAAAUGUAUUUUAAAUAUUUUUGUCGUUAUUUUGGAGUGAUUGUUUUUGCCUUGAUUUUUAGUGCUGAGGCUUCCUCUAAGAUGGUGCUCUGAUCUUUGACGGUCCUGUCAAUGAGGCAGAUAGAUGCAGAUCUGAAAAUGAUUCAGCAUAUACAAAGUAGUGAUUUCUGACUGAUUUCUGACCUGAUGAAAGGCCAGAAACUUUGAGUCCAAAUAUGCAAGUACAUUGUUCCACUGUAUGCUACGAUGUCUUUGAGGGUGUUCUCUCCUGUCUCCUUUGUCUUCUGUUCUCAACUAGUUUUUCACCCACCGGUCAAAUACAAGUAUUUCUGAUUUAAUGUCACCCUGACCCCUUAGUAGACAUGAAUAGCACUGCUGCUCACUGUGCGUGAAAACACUGGGGUUGCAUUGUUUCCUUCAUAUUCAUUUCAACAGUUGUGCACCAUCACCACAAGGAAGUUACCACUGCUAGACAAAAGGUCAUUUAGUCUUGCUGUCCUUUAAAAUGAAACUAAGUGUAGUGCAAAUUUUAUACAAAUGACUUUAUUACAAUGAGUUAAAAACAUUUUUAUCACCAUAGACUCAAUCUGACACACAUUUGGAAUUAGAAAGCACUUAAUAGCACGCACAUCUCCACCAACACUAUGCAACGUCAAGAUACGGCAGUUCCACAUGUUGGAUAUUCACCAAAAGUUAAUCACACCAGUUACCACAUUUCUAAUCAGUGGUAACACUGAAUCUUCCUUACUACAUGACCAACAUUUCCACAAAGUGUCAUGCACAUCGAUUCAUAACAUUUAUAGUUAUCCUACUAACAAACAGACAGACAAACAGAAUGGGAUGAAAACAUAACCCCUGUCCAUUAGCAGAGGGAACAGAACUACAAUUACCACCCCCUGAAAACCCGCUGAGAUACAUAUGGUUUGCCUGUGAGCCUAAGAAUGGCUCAGACAUACAGCAAAACCUCAGCAAUCCACUGGUAUGGAGUGUGGAGAUCAAAGUGAAACAAAUGCAUUUAAAUACAGUUAGACAUAGACAACACAGAGCAGACACAACCUAAAACGCUUUAAAGUUUUCCUUUGCAGCAGACAUUAUUUCAGUCGCAUGAUGAGUAGCCAUUGUGCACAGAGAGAGCACUUCACAUUGCCACUUCAAUUCAUGUAGUGUGUCUGGGUGGCUUUAGAAAACUGAGAUCCUGUUGAUUGUGUUCCUAAAAUCUACAUGUCACAACGUCUUUUUUUUUUUUUUUUUUUUAAUAUCCAAUCUAAUGCUAUGAAUUUUCACCUUGAUGUUGCAAAGGAACUGCUGACUGAUUUUUCCCAUCACCUGCAUAGAGCGGUGUGCUUUUAGGUUGUAUGCGAUGUGAAAAGUGUAAGUGUGCACGUGUGUAUGUUCUAUGCCGGGGAACAAAUCAAUUCAUCACAAGCUCUGUGUACACACACACACACACACACACACACAUAUUAAACCUGAAAAAGUUGGCCUCAUUUGUGCAAUCUGAUGUUCUUGAACUGAAAGUCAAAUGGAUGUUUAAAUGACAGCAGUGCUCUCAAGUGAUUAAAGGACUAUUUGCUUAAAUAUUU